UGUCCAUCCUGCCCGAACAAAGUGACUUUGUACGUGAGACAUUUUCCACACACCUGGUUUCCUUUCUAAUACACAUCUUCGAGAUCAGAAAAACUACGUGAUUGGAAGUGAAAAAGAAGGCUCGGGAUGGCGAGCCGAUUGUGGAGGGCGCUGUCCCGAAAACGCGUCGACGAAAGUCAGGAGAGCAAGGGUGAACUAGCACGAGUUUUAGGGUUGUUCGAUCUCACGGCCCUCGGUGUAGGCUCGACACUUGGUCUUGGAGUUUAUGUCCUCGCCGGUACAGUCGCCAAAGAGUCAGCUGGUCCUGCUGUCUGUCUUUCCUUUCUUAUCGCCGCCAUUGCUUCCGCGUUCGCGGGAAUGUGCUAUGCAGAAUUUGCCUCCAGAGUUCCUAAGGCGGGAUCGGCAUACGUGUACAGUUACGUGACCGUAGGAGAGUUCGUCGCGUUCAUUAUUGGAUGGAAUUUAAUUUUGGAGUAUAUAAUAGGUACUGCCAGCGUCGCUCGAGGACUUAGCAGUUAUUUGGACGCAUUGAUAGGAAACGCGAUAGAGAAUGCAUUAACCUCCGUAAUGCCCAUACACGUUAAGUUCCUAUCAACAUAUCCGGACUUUUUCGCAUUUGGAGUGGUGGUACUUCUAGUGAUACUGCUGAGUAUAGGAGUGAAAGAAUCUUCUGUAUUAAACAUCAUAUUUACAGUUGUCAAUUUGAUAACCAUUUUGAUCAUUAUUGUAGCUGGAUCCAUUAAAGCUGAUCCAGCAAAUUGGAGGAUACGGCCAGAAGAUAUACCGGACAAGCAUAAGGAGUCCGCAGGAUUAGGAGGAUUUAUGCCCUUUGGAAUAGGUGGAGUAAUGGUUGGGGCAGCAAAAUGUUUCUACGGUUUUGUGGGAUUUGAUGCUGUGGCUACCACCGGUGAAGAAGCUAAAAAUCCUCAGCGCAACAUUCCUAUAGCUAUCGCGGUGUCUUUGAUUAUAAUAUUCAUGGCUUAUUUUAGCAUUUCUACGGUGUUGACUAUGAUGUGGCCGUACUAUGAUCAGAACGCUAAAGCUCCAUUUCCGCAUGCAUUUGAAGAAAUUGGAUGGCCUACAAUUAAAUGGAUUGUUAAUAUUGGAGCUGCAUUUGCAUUAUGCACAAGUUUACUUGGUGCAAUGUUCCCCUUACCGAGAAUACUUUAUGCCAUGGGCAGUGAUGGAGUAAUUUUCAAACAGUUAGCCGCUGUCCAUCCAAAAACAAUGACACCUAUUAUCGGAACCGUAGUAUCUGGUAUAUUGACAGGAUUCAUGACUCUUAUUUUUGAUCUUCAACAGUUAAUCGACAUGAUGUCUAUUGGAACGUUAUUAGCGUACACGAUAGUAGCAAUAUCUGUCUUAAUGUUAAGGUAUCAAGGAAGAGAAUCUGAGAAACCGAAUACUUAUUCUAUAACAUCAACAAGCAAUUAUAAGUUAAAGCCGAUCGACGUUUUGAAACAAAUAUUCAAUCUACGCAAUCAAAAAGAGAUAACUGAGAGUUCGUAUAAAGUUGCAAAGUAUGGUGUUUUUACAUUAUGUAUUCUUAUAUUUAUAAUUGCACUCCUCGUCAAAUUUGGGGGUACAGGACUAUUCAAUAGUAAUAUAGUAGAAUCUGUGAUACUAGUUAUAGUUCUUAUAAUAUUCUUAUUAAAUCUAGCAGCUGUCGCGAGGCAACCUACACAAGAGACGAGUAUAGCAUUUAAGGUGCCAUUAGUGCCACUUCUACCAUGUUGUAGUAUUUUUAUCAAUAUAUAUUUAAUGUUGCAAUUAGAUGCAUUUACAUGGAUUAGAUUUUGUGUUUGGAUGUUUAUUGGUUUUAUUAUUUAUUUCACGUAUGGCAUAUUUCAUAGUGAACAAGGUAAAAGAAAUAAAGCGGAAGCUGAAAUGAUAAAACGAAAAUACGCAGAUCAAGUUAGAAUCGUAACUAAAUUUUAAUAAUGAUCUUACAAUAAGUAAUAUUUUUGAUAUUAAACGAACGAAAAGCCAUAGAUAUUAUAAUAUGUGAUUGUUGCUAUUUUAAAUUAUGAAUAUUUUAUUGAUCAGAUUUAAGAUAUAUGGAAAGUUAAGAAAAUAACAACUUCUGACUGUGUAAGAUAAGUAUAUUGUACAUAGAUUUCUAUUGCAGGAUGAACAAUAGUUUUUAUCAUAAAAUUUUUAAAUGCCAAUAAAUGUUAUACGUUUUAAGUAAAUAAGUAUGUCUGUACGUCGUUGCACAUGAUAAAAUGCAUUAUAGAAACUCUCAAAAUAUUUUAUAAAAAUCUAACGUAAUGUACAGUGUAUAAGAUUAUAUCAACAUAUUUUGUUCCUUUUUAUUUAUAUGUGAAAGUAAUAUAAUGUAAUGUACAUAUUGCUUAACAAAUUUUACUAUGUUUAUUAACUUCAGUGCUACUUGCGCUAAUGAAAUACAGCGUUUUAUAUUAAUUUUUGUGUAUUUAUUUAUAAAAUCAGCAAAAAUUAUUUUGCUUAAAAAAAUACAAUUU